CCAGCUUGGAGCCUCACCUUGCGGAGGUUUACAAUUGCUGUUUGGAUGAGGGAUCCCUCCCUCCCUCCAUGAGGCAGUCUGCAGUUAUCCUUCUGUCAAAGGGUAAGGAUCCGUCGGCUAUUGAGAAUUGGCGUCCCAUUAGCCUUCUCAAUGUCGAUAGAAAGGUUCUGGCAAAGAUCUUGUUCUGGCGCUUGUCGUCAGUGGCGGACGGUUUGCUUUCACGGCUGCAGCAUUGCUUGAUCCAGGGCAGGAGUACCUUUACAGCGGUGUUAGCUGUCUGAGAGGCUCUGGAGCAGUGUAAGGCUGAGGGCUGGGGGAAGUACUUGCUGACAGUGGACCAGGCAAAGGCCUUCGAUCGAGUCGAUCAUGAGUACAUCUGGCACCUCCUGGACCGGUAUGGCCCAGAGAGGAGGUUUAUUGGCUGGCUUAAGACACUGUAUAGAGAGGCUGAAAGUUUCAUGUUGGUGAAUGGCUGGGUUGGGCGGCCUUUUGGGGUCGGAUCUGGUGUACGCCAGGGGUGCCCGCUGA